GUCAUCAGAAAGCGCAGCGGUUGUAUUGUUGACAGUGGAGUUGGAUGAAGGAGCAGGAUGAGGAGAAAAGUGAGCGCAGUGUUGAACUAACGGAGCGACUGCGGACGGUUUCUGCUCGACUGUGUUUUCAGACUCUCAGGCUGCAGCACAGAAUGAGUCGAGAUGAAGAGACCAAAGCUGGCCGGAGUUUUCCUCUUCGUGUGCUGUCUGCUCACCUACCUGAUGUUUGUGAAGCGUCACUACGGCGUCUCGAAGCCUGAAGCCUACAGACUACCUCCUCAACGCCGACCCGGCUCGGACCAGACCGGAGAUGGACACUCGGCCUCUGCUGCUGGACCGAGCUUCCAGUACGGCAUCAUGUUCGACGCUGGGAGCACCGGGACCAGGGUCCACAUCUUCAAGUUCCAGAUAGAGAACCAAGAGGCUCCUAAACUGGCCCAGGAGACGUUCAGAGCCAUCAAACCUGGACUGUCUGCGUACGCUGACGACCCACAGAAGUGUACAUCAGGGAUCGUGGAGCUGUUGGAGGUUGCCAAGUCCAGCAUCCCCCCCUCCGUCUGGAACUCCACCCCGGUGGUCCUGAAGGCCACGGCCGGCCUCCGCCUGCUGCCUGGAGAGAAGGCCGACCACCUGCUGGACAGGGUGAGGGCGCUGUUCCUGGAGUCUCCUUUCCUGUCCAGAGACGACAGCGUGUCCAUCAUGGACGGCACUGAUGAAGGGAUUUCUGCGUGGAUCACCGUCAACUUCCUCACAGGUGGUCUUCACAGCGCUGACUCCCCCACAGUGGGGAUGUUGGAUUUGGGCGGCGGGUCAACUCAGAUCACCUUCAGCCCUCAGGACGAGAAAACCAUCCAGACCUCACCUAUCGACUACAUCAGGUCCUUCCAGAUGUUCAACAACACACACACCGUCUACACUCACAGUUAUCUGGGUCUGGGUCUGAUGUCGGCUCGACUCGCCGUCUUAGGAGGCGUCGACUCUUCACCCCUAGGGGGCAGCACUGAGCUGGUCAGCCCCUGCCUUGCUCCAGAGUACUCAGGCAGGUGGGAGCACAAUGACGUCGUCUACACUGUGAAGGGACAGAAGGCAGGGGAGCCGGUUUACGAGGCGUGUCUGACCAAGGUGGAGAAGGUUCUGUACAGGAAGGUGACGAAGGCGGCUGAAGCUGCAGACAUGGACUUCUACGCCUUCUCCUACUACUACGACCGAGCCGUCGACCUCGGGGUCAUCGAGGAGAAAAAGGGAGGAACCAUUACAGUGACGGAUUACAUGGAUGCAGCUAAAAGAGUGUGCAGCAGCCUGUCCGUCAGUCCUCUGCAGAGUCCCUUCCUCUGUCUGGACCUGGUCUACAUCUCAGUCCUGCUGCAGGAGCUCGGAUUCCCCCCACACAAACAGUUCAAGCUGGCAAGGACCAUCAACCAGGUGGAAACCAGUUGGGCUCUGGGAGCGACGUUCCACUACAUCCAGUCCCUGAAGAGACACUGAAGGCUUUUAUUUUGAAAGGAUCCUGAGACUUGCUGAUAUCCUGGACCUCCUGGAGACUCACAGUGACCUCAUUCAGUACCCAGACCCAGACCUGACCCUCCCCUCGCUCCCCAGCUGCCUCUCUGCUAUUGGCCGGUCCUCGGUCCCAGGUGAUCUGUCUGUGGGUCUGUGAGAGUCCAGAACCAGGCCCAGGACAGGAGCCAGACACACCCAGACCUGAUGACCUUUGACCGAAGACCGGCCGACAGCAGAGGGACUCACGGGGCUUCGCUCUGACCUGGAACCUCCUGCACCUGGGUCACGUGACCAGGCCGACCGUCCUGUCAGAGCUCUCUGGACUCCUCAGGUGGACUGAGCUCCCCUCAGAGGAGACGGACUCCUGCUCUCAGCUGGUUUUAUUCUUUCCUUCAGCUCAGUUCAUCAGACGUUCACCUCCUUCAACCUUUGAAGCCUCAGAUGUGGAUUCUGCUCAGACUCAGUGUGUCUGUGUUUGUUCAUCGUUUGUGUUGAUGUUUGAAGCUGAUGUGUUUGUGCCAAAAGAUUCAGACGUGAACGGCUGAAGUGAAAACACUUUGAUCUUAAUAGAUUUUAUAGAAUCAGAUGAACCCGGAUCUUUUAAACCUCCACAGAUGAAAAUCACAGGAGGGAGCAGGUUUCUGGAGCUUUCAGCUGCAGGCUGUGGCCUUCAUCAGCAGAGGGAGUCUGAUCAGACGUCAAGAACACGGUUCAGUUAUUUUCACACUAAUCCAGCUGAUGAAGGUCAGGAGAUGUGGCUGAAAGCUCUGGAAGUCGUUCAGUGUGCGGUCGAUAAAAGAAAAGAAACAGUGAACCAUGAGACCGGCUUCACGUCUCCGACCUCACGCUGUUCAGAUCCAUAUCUUGUGUUUCUAUUGACAGCGACUCUGAUUGUUUUCUACUCUGAAGCAGCUCCUGUUUCUACUGUUUCUACUGUCGAGGCUCGUUCCAUGUGGAGCAGCUCUCUGUAUGUGGACGCUACAAAAUCUGCAAUAAACAGACAUGAAUGUGUUUCUGAA